AUGAUCCGAUUACUAGUGCUCUUAGUAAGUGUCCAAGCUUGGUCACUGGAAUCAUUGCAUAGGACAAACCGAUCAACCGGUGAUGCCGUACUCUCCGCCCAACUCUUCCAGAUCAUCGAAUUCUACAAACAACCCGAUCCGGUAGGACUUCCAAUCGGCCCAACACUAGACCCGAUGCCAAUUCCUCCGAUCAAACAUUCCGUUGCUCUGUCCACGAUGCAUAUGCGGGAUGUACAGACCCACGGACUUUCCAAGCUGAGAAUUCGAUUGUUCCAAGUGGAGCUGAGUAGGAUGAAUAUCCGAACGGAGGUGAUCAUGGAAGAACUACUGAUCAACGGGAGCUACACGUUAAGCUCGCUGCUGCAGAGCUCCAGCGGUCCGUUCAACGUUUAUCUAACCAAUGUUGUAACGGCAGCCAAUGUGAGUUUGAUAGUGAAUCCCGAAGGGACGCUGCGAACACAAGACAUCCAGUUGGAUUUUGGAUUUGCAGCGAUGGCAUCAGAUUUUCAGAACUUGGGAUUUAUGGGACGGAUGUUUCAGAGAUUGGUCAAUGCUGCGCCCAGCAUGGUGCUGGAUAUGAUCAAGCCUUUUAUGCUGCGGGAGGCUCAUGUUAAAAUCCAAAAGGAGAUAGACAGUAAGUUUGAGGAACUGAUCGAGAAACGAGAAGUGGUUCUCGUGAACUCUAUUUCACCACUGGAUUUAUUGAUCGCCGAGGUUCGAAUGAUGCUACAAAGGAAGCGUUACGAUCCGUAUAUGCUUCCGGAUUACAAAAUCGGAGUUGGUAUCUUUGGAGUUCAACUAUCGCACAGCUUGAUACGGGGCCUGUCAAAUUUCUACAGAUUUGGAGAUGUUGGAAUCACAAUUAGAAACAAUACUGCGGAUCUUGAAGUGCAAGUAGGCACCGGUCGACUGGAAGGUUUCACGCAGUGGCAAACUACGCCAUUUUCAAAAUAUGGUUCAAUUCACUUCACGGUUGAGUACCUGCGGGUCACUAUUCAAACUCGACAACAUCUGGAUUUGCGACGAAAACCAAGUCUCCUAGAUUUGCAGCUGGAGAUGGGAAAUAUUCAGAUUCGUUGCUCAGGUGCUGGUUCGUUGGAUUAUCUGGUGGAAGCUGCUAUAAAUAUCCUUCCGAAUUUACUGCGUUACCAAAUUAUGGACGCUAUCGAAGGUCCACUGAAGGCAAGAAUACGAGAGAAGCUAGAGUGCAUGAAUAUGGAACAGUUUGUCAAACGACAUGUGCUUGAAUUUGAAAACCGGGGAGCUGGCAUGGAGGUUGACUGGCGAUUGUGCGAAAGGCGAAUCCCAAGCGUGUGAGUGCUGGCAGUAGGCUUUGGUUUUUUACUUCUUUCAAAUACACUUGUGUUGCGGUUUGUGAUCGUUGGUGAAAUGUAUAAUUUAGGGUGUUGUGAAGAAUGUCACCCAAGUGAGUCACAUAAAUAAAACAUUUAAUCUGUUAAAAUGAAGAAAAAACCUCAUUACUGAAACGAAAAAACGCAGUCACGUUUAGUCUCUAAAAGAGCACCGUAAAAAAGCUAAAAGUCCAACAACCCGGUCUUGUCCUGGAACCGCCAGAAAUCCCACGCCUUUGUUUACACCUGUCUACAUGGAAAACUCGCAGACAGAGGUCAGUCAAGUCAAUUACCGCCAUUAUGCGAUUCAGUCCCAUAAAAAGGCACCUUUUCCAUAAGAUGGAACAAAUAAUAAGGGUACAGUACCGUACCCCGUGGCUUUGUUGACUUGAAGUCGUGUAGAAAAGGUACACAAAUAUUAAGAAAGGCGAAUAAAUGCAGUAUACGGUUCGUCGAAGUUGGUUCACUCACGUCCACUUUACAACUCCAUUUGCACCGUCUUCACCUUUGCCGGAAGAAGCC